AGGAAAAAAAAAAAAAAAAAAACAUCAUGAAGUUUUUAAUUGUUUUCUUAUCGACUCUUAUUGUUGGUAUUUCAUCGCAACUUGUUUUACCAAAAUACCCUGAUGUCGUACCACUGGCUAAAUUUGAUGUUCAAAAGAUAUUGGGACCAUGGCAUGUAUAUGCAGCAAUUCCAAAUGCAUAUGAACCUGCUCAAUCAUGUAAUAAUCUUUUAAUGAGUUUAAACUAUGAUGGUAGUAUCCAAUUUUCAGUUUCGUUUUUGAAUCGUUUAACCGGAGCUAAAAAUACAUGGGCACCAGUAGGAUAUCCAAUUCCCGGAGGACUUCCAUCACAAUUUAACAUCAAAAUGCCACCACUUGCAUAUCAAAGAGACACUGUUGGAUCUGUUUUGGAUACUGAUUAUAAUAGCUUUGCUCUAAUUGAAUUGAUUCAAAUUACAGAAAAAGGAAUCCUUCAAUAUGUAUGGUUGGUGACAAGAUCUCCAACACCAAAUGAAGCUUGUUUAAAUAGCGCAUUUGCUGCAUUAGCAAGAAACAAUAUCAAAGCAACUUCAUUGGAAAUUAUACCACAAAAACCCUGCCCAGCUUACUAAACUGAUUGAAACUAUACAGUGUGAGUCAAAAAAUUAAUGCCAUUUAUAUACUUGAAACGAACGAUGAAUAUUAUAGUUAAAUAAACUUAUAAUAUCAAUAACAAAUGAGAUUGUAAAAAAAAUAU